AUGUACUCCCAUGAUUACCGAUCAAGGUACGACAACAGAAUAAAGGCAUUCACGCCACUGAAUACCAAAAGAGUGAACGUUCUGAUAUGGGUCAAAGAAAGCAGAACGCUGGUAACAUGGCCCAUAAAGAUGGUCCACAUAACCGAAACAAGAGAUGAAAACCGAUACUGCAAGUUUCACGAGGACUACGGGCAUGAUACGGAGGAAUGCUACGACCUGAAAAAGGAAAUAGAGAAGCUAAUUGAAUCAGGAGCACUGAGGAAAUUCAUAAACAACAGAGAAGAAAAGGAGCAGCGAAAGGAAGGAGCAGACAAUGAAGAGAAAAAGGAAGAACCAAAGGGAAGAAAGAAGGAUGUCGUGGGAGUCGUUAACAUCAUUUUGGGCGGAAAAGGCGAAAGAGAAGGAAGGAAAAAAUUGAGAGCCGAGAUAAUGAAGGUAGCUGAACAAGCUGGAGGAAAAGGAGAGACAACAAAGGUCAUCAUUACCUUCUUAGCGGAUGAUGGACUGCACGUGAAAGGGCCGCAUAACGACGCAUUGGUAAUAGAAGCAAUCAUCAACAAGUUCCUAGUAAUUAAGCUGCUUAUAGAUGAAGGAUGUGCGGUAAACUUUAUGACAUGGGAAACAUACAAAAGGAUUGGAGGAGAACUCGGAAAGCUCAAAAACUGCCCAGUGCCGAUCAUGGGACUCGGAGGAGCUCCCAUCCAACCCAGAGGACUGUCGGAACUGAUGAUAGAGUUCGGAAAGGGAGAAAAAGAAGCAGAGGAAAUCAAGACACUGUUUUCGGUCGUGGUUAUGCCACUAGCCUAUAAUGGAAUACUGGGAAGGCCAUUCCUAUAUGACUCUGGUGCAAUCACCAGCAUCCGUUCCCUGGUAAUGAAGAUACCAACCCCAGGAGGAGUAAUCAACAUGAAGGGAGACCUGGAGAUAGUAGCCAAAUGCUACACCAUCGCCAUGAAGGAAACGAAAGGGUAA